GUAGUAUCAACGGGGGAGGAGGUGAAGAAGGCAUCAGCAGGGCAGAAGUGCAUGUGGGUGCGGCUGGAGUGCAUGUGGGUGCGGCUGGAGUGCAUGUGGGUGUGGCUGGAGUGCAUGUGGGUGCGGCGGGAGUGCAUGCAUGUGGGUGCGGCGGGAGUGCAUGCAUGUGGGUGCGGCGGGAGUGCAUGCAUGUGGGUGCGGCGGGAGUGCAUGCAUGUGGGUGCGGCGGGAGUGCAUGCAUGUGGGUGCGGCGGGAGUGCAUGCAUGUGGGUGCGGCGGGAGUGCAUGCAUGUGGGUGCGGCGGGAGUGCAUGCAUGUGGGUGCGGCGGGAGUGCAUGCAUGUGGGUGCGGCGGGAGUGCAUGCAUGUGGGUGCGGCGGGAGUGCAUGCAUGUGGGUGCGGCGGGAGUGCAUGCAUGUGGGUGCGGCGGGAGUGCAUGCAUGUGGGUGCGGCGGGAGUGCAUGCAUGUGGGUGCGGCGGGAGUGCAUGCAUGUGGGUGCGGCGGGAGUGCAUGCAUGUGGGUGCGGCGGGAGUCAUGUUUCCCGACAUGAACGCAUACGAGGUGGCGAUUGGUGAUGGCUCUGACAGGUUCUUCUUCGUGCGGGAGGGGGACAUCAUGGCCUUGGUUCAAUAA